UAAUGACUGAUGAUCUGCAUCACUUAUUCAAUUUCGCUAGAAGUAUUUCAAAAGUAUGGCACGUUCGUUAGUGUUGUUCAUUGGAUUUAAUUUGAUAGUCUGGAUAUUGAAAACCGUUUUAGGAAGUCAUCGAUCGAAGAAUAUCAUUAGUAGAAAUACGAAUGUAAUUCACUUUGAACCCAAUAAAAAACCCGUGGAUUUAGAUGCUGAUAAUCAUAAUGACGUUAAUAAUUAUCGUCAUUGUUACUCUCAUCCAGAUGAUCCAUAUUUCAGUUUUUCUCAUUUAGAUGAUAUAGAGAAAAUUGAUCCCAGAAGUCGUUGAUUAUUUUUCAAAUCCAAAAUUUCAUUUUACUAAUGGAUAAAAUGUCUAAUCUGUUUCUACAUUGUUAAAUACACAUUAGAUCAACUUUAGUUUUUUCAAUAUGGUACUACUGCAUGUGUAAAAAAUUCAAUUAGCAAUAGGGAAAUAAAGUGAAUCACAAAUUAUCUGAUAUCUCAGCGACUUGGAUUUAUGAUUUAUAAAACGUUAUUGCGCGUUGUUAUCAAAGAAACAAUCGGUGCGGACUUGACCUCGUAGUUACUCCACGAGUAACGAGAGUUUAUAAUUUUAUUUUAUACGUUAAAUUUUUGGUGGACCAAGGAAUGGGAUUCUUUUUGAGAAAGAAUUAAGGUCCAAAGCAUUUAUUGGGUAUUUCUAAUUUGGAAAUUUAUUCAAAAUACAAAAUUGAGGCUAAAUCAAAAUCUCGCAAGA